CGCUGCCUGGCUUCUCCAUCGUGUUCCUUCUUCGUAAUGUGCAUGGUUGACACGCAACCUCAUCGUGGGACAUGAUGUUGUUCAAGUCACGAGCGCCGAUGAACAACGGAAUUCCACUGAAUUGAAUUGGGCGCCUACCACUUUUUUACAAGUCCGUCCUCGACGAUUCGCCGAGGCUCCUUCUCUGGCUUCUCUACCGUCAGCCGCGCCCCAUUAGGGUUCAUCCGUUUCUCUUCUCUAAUAAUUUUCUCAGUUCUCCAUUUCUUUGCCUCGCUUCUGGGUCUAGUCUCUGUGGCCCAUUUGCACAACCACUUUUGAUUCGGUUUUCUAUCUCGCUGUUGUUCUGCGACUCCAAACUGGCACCGUCUCCAGCUCUUCACUCAAGCCACACAGCGAGGCCCCAUUAUGAAUACUGAAAAGCCCCAAAAACCGCAUCGCAAUCCUCGUGCAGGUGGUAAGGCAGACAAGAAACUAAAGAAAGAAGGCAAAGAUCGCGGGAAAGGAUACAACGAAAAGGCAUUUGCACCUCGGUCGGCCAUAAAUGCUGAGAGACGGGCUAGACGAAAGGCGGAGUUAGACCAAACAAGAUUACACGUCCCUCUCAUCAAUCGCACACCCGAGGAUGAACCUCCCCCCGUCCUCAUCGCGAUCGUUGGCCCCCCAGGAGUCGGAAAGACAACCCUCCUUAAAUCCCUUGUGAGGCGAUUGACAAAGUACACGCUUAGCAAUCCACAAGGUCCAAUUACAGUCGUCUCAGGGAAACAACGUCGACUUACAUUUGUCGAAUGUAACAAUGACCUCAACUCCAUGAUUGACAUUGGGAAAGUAGCCGACCUUGUCCUUCUAAUGGUUGAUGCAAGCUUAGGCUUCGAAAUGGAAACCUUCGAAUUCCUUAACAUCCUCCAAGCCCAUGGCUUCCCCAAAGUAAUGGGCAUACUCUCUCACUUAGACCUCAUCAAGAAAAUUGCCCAACAACGUGAAACCAAAAAACGUCUCAAGAGGCGCUUCUGGACUGAAAUCUACGCAGGCGCAAAGCUAUUCUACCUCUCCGGCGUCAUCAACGGUCGUUACCCAGACCAAGAAAUUCACAACCUUUGCCGUUUCAUUUCCAUCAUGAAGUUCCGUCCUUUAGUCUUCCGAAAUGCCCAUCCGUACCUAUUAGCCGAUCGACUUGAAGAUUUAACCCCUCGAGAAACGAUCCGGUUGGACCCAAAAACCAAUCGAACGAUCACACUCUAUGGAUACCUCCGAGGGACGAACUUGAAGACGUCGACAAAGGUCCAUGUUCCUGGAGCGGGUGAUUUGGCGAUUAAGAGCAUUACCAAGUUGGGGGAUCCGUGCCCUAUGCCUACGACGGAGAGUGAGAGAAAGAGGAAAUUGAGUGAGAAGCACAAGUUGGUUCAUGCGCCUAUGAGCGACAUUGGAGGGAUCAUGUAUGACAAGGAUGCGGUCUACAUUAAUGUCCCUGGAAAUUUUUCGAGAAAGCAGGCAGAUGGGGACGAAGGCAUGGAUGGGAAUGCUGAGGAUUUUGGGGAGGGUGAAAAGAUGGUUAUUGAUUUACAAGACGUCCGGUCCACUCUUGCGGAUAAUAUCUCUAAGAGCAAUAUCGUCUUGCUUCCUUCAUCGGCUGCUCCACUUCGAGUUGGCGAUGGUAUUGACAAAGACGGUGAGGAGGAACCAGGCGACGAUGACGUUGAGGAUUCAUCCUUGGUCAGCGAUGAUGACGACGAAGACAGGAGUGAAGAUUUCGAUGAUGAGGAUGACGAAGACGAGGAUGAGGAGGAUGAGGAGGAUGGUGGUGAAGAAAUUGAGACAACUUCGAAGCAGCAGGGUGUUCGCGGAGGACGAACUUCCCUUCGCACAUCACGAGCACUCCCUUCAUCUUCAUCACACCGGGAAAGGGGUAAUGAUGGUGAUGAUGUAGCUUUUGCUGACAGUGAUUCGGAUCUGGAAGCUGGUAUAGACUCCGAUGGUGAUGGUGAACUAGAGUGGGAACAAGAUGGGGAAGACCGAAUUGACCUCGAUGAUGAAGAGGAAGACGACGAUGGAGGCGGCCAAAGUUACGCCAUAGACGAAAAUAUGGCCGAUCAAGAAGUUCAAGCGGAGGAGCAGGUUCCUAGAUGGAAGGAAAACCUUGCCGCCUUCGCCCUCGCCAAUUAUCAAACAAGGCGCCGGAGAAGAAACCUCGUUAAACUCAUUUACCAUAGCGAACUUACGUCCGAGCAGAUCGCCGCUGGAGAGACCGUGGACAGCCUCAAAGAGGCUGCGAAGGAGGCUGAUAGGGGCAAGGGAACGAACGCCGCUGGUGAUGACGAGGACGAAGACUUCUUCUCCAUCAAGAAACCUGCUCAAGUUGAAGGUGAAACUCGCGUUUCGGAUCGGACGAAGGAGGUCGAUGUCAUCCCGAUUUCUUCAUCGUCGGGAGAGACGUGGGAUGAUGAAGUGUUGGACAGUUUCCGACAUUUUUUCAUCACUGCUCCUCCCACGACAAAGCGCAAUGACUACGAAGAUGCUUCCGAUGCCGAGCCGGAUGGUUUCGUCGAUCUCGAGGCUACCGGAGGCGACGGUGGUGAGGAUGAAGACGACGACGACGAGACGGACGAUAACGUUGCCGGAGCAAAAGAACAAGAGGAACGUGAAGAGGUUCAAGCCCGUACGCUUGCCGCGAAGAAGGCGGAUCUCAAGCGCAAGUUCGAUGAGCAGUAUGAUGACCCUGACGAAGACGAAAAGACGGAUCUCUACCAGCAGGCGAAAGCCGAAAUGGCAGAACAGCUUAGGCUCAACCGACAAGAGUUCGAAGGCGUCGAUGAAGAAAUGAGGUUCCUCGUUGAAGGUUAUCGUUCGGGGAUGUACCUUCGAAUCGAACUUGAAGAGGUACCCUGUGAACUCGUUCAGAACUUUGACCCUGCCUAUCCUAUCAUUGUCGGUGGUCUCCUACCUGCAGAAGAACGCCUCGGUUACGUCCAGGUCCGCAUCAAGCGCCAUCGAUGGUUCGGCAAAACUCUUAAAACGAACGAUCCUCUCAUUUUCUCCAUCGGGUGGCGCAGAUUCCAAUCGCUUCCCAUCUAUUCCUUGGACGAUCAUAGCAUUCGUAUGCGAAUGCUCAAGUAUUCACCUGAGCAUAUGCAUUGUUUUGCGACGUUCUAUGGUCCUGUGUCCCUUCCCAACACGGGUUUCUGUACUUUCAACGCGGUAUCGAACGAUACUCCGUCUUUCCGCGUUUCCGCUACCGGUGUCGUAUUGGAUGUCGACCGUUCGGUGAAGAUCGUCAAAAAGCUCAAGUUAACGGGGUAUCCUUAUAAGCUGUACAAGAAUACGGCCUUCAUUAGGGACAUGUUCAAUAGUCCGCUGGAAGUGGCCAAGUUCGAAGGGGCAAUGAUUCGGACGGUUUCGGGAAUCCGUGGGCAGAUUAAGAAGGCCCUAUCUAAGCCGGAAGGAGCAUUCCGUGCGACGUUCGAGGACAAGAUCCUUCGGAGCGACAUCGUUUUUCUGAGGGGAUGGUAUUCCAUUCAACCGAGGAAGUAUUACAAUCCAGUCACUUCGUUGUUGUCUGCGAAAAGGCAAUGGGCCGGAAUGCGGUUAACAGGCCAAAUCCGAUGGGAGAAAAGCCUCAAAGUCCCCACGCGUAGUGAUUCCUCGUACAAGCGCAUUGAGAGGCGCCCACGUGAAUUCCAACCCUUGAAGAUCCCAAAACAACUCUUGGCUGCUUUGCCAUACGAACACAAACCCAAAGAAGUCCUACCUCCCGUUGAGAAACGUGCGGUCAUCAUGGAACCGGAGGAGCAGAAAGCUAUCGAACUUCUUCAGCAGCUCCGCGCGAUCAACAAGGAUAAGCUGGAGCGGCUAGAGGCGAAGAAGAAAUGGAAGAAGGAACAGUUCCAGAAGAAAAUCGCUGAGAUGGAGCUGCGGAAGACGAAGAAGAGGAAUCAAGAGAAGGCGGCAGCUUUGAAGGUUAUAGGACAAAGGCAAAAGGCGGCCGAAAGGGCUAGUGCCAGUGGCCCGAGCCGGAAGAAACGUAAGACCUAGUUAAACGUCACCCUUUGGAUACACUUCUUCAUAAUCGCCUGUAUAUUAUUGAUCUUUUUUUGUGGGCUAUCCUAAACCCGUCUUCGGUCCCG